AUGAAAAUGUUGCGGCUCUUUCUAGUUCUCACAUUGCUGCUUCAACCCACCGUUGGGAAGUCUCCUGGACUUUUCAUUAGACCUUCACAAGGAAUUGUAAACCACGAUUACUCUAAGAAUGAGAAAUUUGAACCUAACGAUCUGAUGAUAAUACAAUGGGAAACGAAUAACGCAAACCGAGGCUUCGACCUGGUGCUCUGGCAAGAUGAAAGCAAAAAAUAUGAAUUUCUGUCGAAUAAUCUAAAAGGAAAUGGAAAGUACCAAUGGAAGGUCACGACCAGUCUCAGUCUAGCAGAUGGGCACGCCUUCUUUUUUCAGAUGAUAGAUGCGGAUAACUACACCAAUGUUCCAGCCAAUUAUUUCGUCAGCAGAUACUUCAACAUCACAGAGGGUAGUGCUCGCAACAAAGCAAGCAGUACUAGUACUCGUACUAGCACGAGUACGAGUACGAGCACAGUAUCAAUAACACCAACCAGGGCAAUAUCGACGGCCCCAUCGGCAACAUUGAGCACAUUCACGAGUGCUUCAGUUACCUCAAGCAUAAAACCCCCUAUAGGGUCCGACUACUCCGCUAGCAGCGGGUUACAUUCAGAAGCAAGAUUGGGAAUUGGCCUUGGAGUUGGGCUUGGUUGUACUUUUCUCAUAUGUAUGGCAAUCAUAAUAUGGUAUAUCCGCCGUCAGCUCGCAAACAUGGCUCCUGGAUCUAAUAUGCCCCCACCCUGGACGCCGAUGAGCCAUGCUCCGAUUCCAACACAAGACGCAACUGCUCAAUAUCCAGAGCCCACGGCUCCAGUGGAAGUUCCGGGUAGCAAGCCACGGACCCCUGUGGAAGUUCCAAGCGACCUGAGGACUGAGUCCCAGUUGCAACAACAGAGAUUUGAAUUGGAAUCUUGA